AUGAUAAAGAAAUUGACACCAGCUGCCGGAGGACACGAAGGAGCGAAAGGCGCGGCCCAGAUGAUGAUGAUGAUGAGCAGCAGCAGCAGCUGGCUGACGGGGCCGGAAUUGGAGGCGGCUAACCAGCUGAUUCAACUCAGCGGAGAUGGUCAUAGCAGCAGCAGCAGCAGCAAAGACGGCCGCAGUACUAUUAGUAGUAGUACUUUUGAUGAUGAUCUGGUAAUUAUGAUGGUGGCGCCUAGUGAUCUUGAAGCAGCAGCCGUAGAAAGCUAUGGAGCGGACAUGACUGCUAAGUGCAGUGCCGAAGCGAUUCAUGAUCAAGACGUAGCCUCCACAUCAUCAUCAUCGUCCUCCUCGUCGUCGUCGUCAUCUUCUUCCUCCAGUUCCUGUUCUGCCAUCAAGACAGGAGAAAACUUUGAUGUUUGGGAAGAAAUAGAUGCUUCUUGCUUAUUCAUGAUGGAGAGGAAGAGGAAGCGGAAGCGGAAGUUACGUUCCAUUGCUGAUCUCUAUGCCAAUACCAAGCCUAAUCUGGUCAAGAAAGCGGCCAGCUAG